UAAUCAGACAGGUGUGCCUGAAACAGGUGACUCAUCAAGAGUUUGGUGUUUGUGAAUCAGAUGAAAGUGUUUUGAUCCUCAGUGAGACAUGAUGCAGUCUGCCGUCUGUCUUCUGUCAGUCUGUCUGUUUACACUUCACACAGCUGAACUCCAUCAGAAACCAUCAAACACGUCAGAUCACAACACAGCUGCUGAUCCUGGACCUGAUUUAAACUUGAAACAGAUCCAGAAUCAGUUGAAUGCGACUUUGAAUGAAACUCUGCAGGAACAUGAAACUUUCUCUGGACAGUUUGGAUUCAGCGACCUGUCGGGGGUGCGGUCCUUCAUUCCAGAACAGGAGGUGGAGUCCAGGAUCAUUGGGGGUCAGGAGGCCUGGGCUCACUCGUGGCCCUGGCAGGUUUCUCUUCGAUUCACCUCCAUGCCGGCCUGCGGAGGAGCCGUCAUCAGCCCGCUGUGGGUCAUCUCUGCUGCUCACUGCUUCUUAAGGUACAAUAAAGCUUCUUUCUGGACGGUUCUGGCCGGAAAACACGACCUGGAUGAUGAUCAAGAACCUGGACAACAAUUGGUUGGAGUCUCUACGAUCAUCAGCCAUCACAGCUACAACACUCAGACCAAAGAGAACGACGUGGCUCUGCUGAGGCUGCAGCAGCCGCUGGUCUUCAACCAGUUCGUCAGACCCAUCAACGUCUGGAUGGCUCCGCUGCCUCCCUUCACGAUGUGCACCAUCACCGGCUGGGGCUCCACCCGAGAGAAUGGUCCUCGAGUUAACAGACUCCAGGAGGUGAAUGUGACCAUCCUGUCCCCUGAUGUCUGUAACCAGUACUACCUCGGGAGGAUGCGACCCUCCAUGUUCUGUGCUGGGAAGGACGAAGGAGGAACUGACGCCUGCCAGGGGGACUCUGGAGGCCCUCUGUCCUGCUACACUGGCAGCAGGUAUGAGCUGGCAGGUUUGGUGAGCUGGGGAGUUGGUUGUGGACGAGCCAGAAAACCAGGAGUCUACACCAAAGUCCAAGAACACACUAAGUGGAUUUUUGACAACAUGAAUGAUCAGAAUAUCAUAUCUGCAGAUGACCUCACUUCUGAAGGUAACAGAUGUGGUAAGCAGCAGAGCUCCAGCUGUGAGAAGGCUCCAGGCCUCGCUAGUCUCUCAGUGUCCCAGAAGGGGGAGGUGUCCUUGGGGAACGUGACAGAGUCCUGCCCCUUCUUCUGGCCCUGGCAGGUCAGCCUGCAGUCCAAUGGACUCCACUACUGCAGCGGAACGCUCAUCCACCGCUACUGGGUCAUCACUGCUAAACACUGCAACAUCAGCAGAGCUAAAGAGGACACGGUGGUUCUGGGAGUUCAUGACCUCCGGUUCUCAUCGUCUCAAACCAUCCUGGUGGACGAGGUCUUCAACCUGCCGCAUGACGGCAGCUUCCCCCCGGAAUCUGACCUGUCGCUGCUUCGCCUCAGUUUGCCCGCCAGAUUCAGCUCUAGUGUGUCUCCAGUUUGUGUCCCUGAUAAGGACAAGGAGCUCGAUGGCUGGUCUUGUGUCACAACGGGCUGGGGAGCCUCGAAAGCAACAGUGAACAUUGAUCCAGACCGGCUGCACCACGUUGGACUGACUCUGGUUAAUCAGACGACCUGCAGGGAGAAGUGGGGAGGAGGACUCAUCAGUGACUCCAACAUCUGUUCACAUCCUGCUGGCUCCAUCUCCUGCAUGGGUGACUCUGGCGCUCCGCUGUUGUGUCAGAGGCAUGGUGUCUACUUCCUGUUUGGCGUGGUGACAUGGGGCAGCAGGCGGUGUGAUGCAGACAAACCGGCCAUCUUCUCCAGAAUAUCAGAUUACCACCCAUGGAUCACUGAGGUCACUGAAGACUAUUAGACAGCUUCCAGUUAAAUGAGUUUAUUUUCUGUUAUGUACUUUAAAAGUGCGUCUAAAAUCUUAGAGAAUGUUUCAUGUGACUGGAAAUGUUUUUAUUGUACAUGCUGCAUGUUACUUAUAAACCUUACAACUAAUCAACA